AUUGAGAGAGUGUGUGUAUACGUGAACGAAACUUGGAUUAAACAUGUGCAACGAGUUCGAUGAUUCGCUGCCUUCCUCACACCGCAACUCUAACCAACGAGCCUCACCCAUACGUAUACGCACACGUAUAUAUAUUCACGCAUAAAUCGUACCAUCUGUUUGGAGAGUUCCCUUCACGAAUCUAAGAGAUUUGCCGGGUGAGGAACUAUGGAUUCCAUGGGCAGUGCAGAUAUCCUUCGCCGACCGGCUCCCUAUUUCUCUUCCUCCGAUGAAUUUUCCUGGCGAUCCUUUGCCGAUGUCGUCGCCUCUUAUUCCGGAGCCACCGUGGUCGCGCUUCUGUUCAUUCUUCUCUGGCAUUUUUUCCUCUCCCGGAAAUUUAUGCUCCUCAAUUUUGCUUCUUUUUCUUCUCCUUCUUCUUCCUCUGCAGCUUCUGGUGCUCCUGCCGUGAAUUCCCAGUCAGGAAUCUCUGGGCUUGUCUCUGAUGAAGAUCUGAAAGGCCUAAUUAGAAACUUGGAGGGAGAAACUGAGGAUGGCGAGAUAUGGGAAAAUGUAAUUCAGAAAAGCAAUGAUCGUGUAUCAUAUAAUGCUGAAUGCUGCAAGCCGAAGGACGGUGGUCCCAUGAAGUACCUUAGUGUUACAGUAUUUGAGGACUGCUCUCCAGAGGUUUUGAGGGACUUUUACAUGGACAACGAUUACAGGAAACAAUGGGAUAAGACUAUAGUAGGGCAUGAGCAAUUGGAGGUUGACAGUACAAGUGGAGUCGAGAUUGGUCGCACAAUAAAGAAGUUCCCCUUGCUGACACCGAGGGAGUACGUUUUAGCUUGGAGGUUGUGGGAGGGAAAUGAUAACUUGUUCUUCUGUUUCAUCAAGGAAUGCGAUCACAACCUGGCACCGCGUCAGAGGAAGCAUAUACGUGUAGGUUAUUUUAGAUCUGGUUGGCGAAUCAGGAAAGUUCCUGGUAGAAGUGCUUGCGAGAUCAAAAUGUUUCACCGGGAAAAUGCCGGGUUGAAUUCUGAGAUGGCGAAGCUAGCUUUCUCUAGAGGCAUAUGGAGUUACAUCUGUAAGAUGGAUAAUGCACUUCGCAGAUACAUUGCAACCAGCCCUAGACCCCCAGUGCCAUCUCUGUCUGCUGUCAGCUCAAUGAGAAAGGUUCCAUCUGAAUUUGAAACUGAGAGAGAUGAUACAACCGAUGUGGGAACUAGUGGGUUGGACACAAGUGAUGGAGUAAACAAGCGUGAGGUUAAGGGGAAGAAGAAACCAAUGAAGAGGCCGUCGAAGAAACUGAUAGCAAAGGGUUUGAUUCUGGUGGGAGGUGUGAUAUGCUUGUCUCGUGGUCACUCUGCGUUAGGGGCUAAAGUUGCACUGGCUUACUUCUUGACUAAACUGAGGAAAAAGCAUGGAGCUUCCCCGACCCAAACCAGCCAAGAUGCCAUCCCUAUCUAACUCACUCUGAUAAGGCUCUGUGAAUAGUGUUUAAAGAAAGAUUCUGUUUUUGUCACAACUCUGGUAACAUGCAACUCUUUAUAGGCUCCUUGUCUUUGGUUUCUCCAGUUUGUGUUCGUAACCUAAAUGUAUGAACGCAGAAACUAUGUCCGACCCCUCAAAAAAAGGGGAAAAGAAAAACAAAGCAAAAGCUUAUUGUACC